AUCUAGAAGAAAGCUCACAGCUCCGGGUGCAAGACAAGCUCCUGCAUGGGACUUUCUGCUUGGUUUCCAAGUUGCCUUGCCCGCUACUUCUGCUGCCUUGCGGCACAGUUUUGAAUGUUCGUUCAAGCAGCUCAAGUGAUCUUUUCCGCUUGCUGUGAUCCCGCAGCGGAGGAAGCGCAAGAGGAUUUCAGCGCAUUGUCUGCGGAGGCUUGCCGGCUGAAAGGUAGAUGAUUGACGUGUGAGAUACGUGCUAAGCUCGCUAAGCUUACAAAGCUUUGCACCGGAGCAAUGCCGGCAUGAUAUUGAACGUGAGGUGUAAAGUGUCCUUGAAUCCAUCACUGAGUUUAAUCUGCAAGAGAAUAUCAUCUGUGACACCACUACCCUCAUCCAUACCUUCAAACCCUGUGACCAGUAGCAGCUUCACGACUGCACAUUCUCACUGCGUUGGCGAUAUCCGGGCCAGUCUGAGGGGGCUCCAUUUUCAGAGUCAAGCUCCACAUUCCCAACUUUUCAAUAAGAACAGACCAUUUUGUCAACCUCCGACCAUCUUCGUGCCAGUCAGGAAGCGCACCGGUUCAGCACUCUCUGGGGGGCGUACUAUGCCACCUCCAUUGGCAGCUGUCCUGCCGGGUGGUGGAAGAGUGCUGAGUAUCCAAUCGCACACCGUCAGUGGGUAUGUGGGGAACAAGUGUGCCGUCUUUCCACUUCAGCUCCAUGGCUUUGAUGUAGAUCCAAUCAACUCGGUUCAAUUCUCAAACCAUACAGGCUAUCCUACUUUCAAGGGUGACGUGUUGAACGGCGACCAGCUGUGGACUUUGAUUGAGGGCCUUGAAGAAAAUGACCUUCUUCAAUACACACAUCUCGUCACAGGUUACAUUGGCUCUCUAUCCUUCCUGGACACUGUUCUCCGGGUCAUCGAGAAGGUCCGGACUUCAAAUCCCAAGCUUAUCUAUGUUUGCGAUCCAGUCAUGGGGGACAAUGGAGCGCUCUAUGUGAAACCAGAACUGGUGCCCGUGUAUCGAGAAAAGGUUGUACCGCAAGCCAACAUCCUCACACCGAACCAGUUCGAAGCUGAGCAACUGGUACAAUUCAGCAUAGCUAGCGAAAAGGACGCCUUCCGUGCUUGCGAGGUGUUACACAGCAGAGGUCCUCAGCGGGUUGUGAUUACUAGCGUACAUUUGAAUGGUGAGAUUCUGAUCAUCGGAAGCCAAGCCGCUCAUGGGAAAUUCAAAGCCUUGCAAUUCCGGAUAGUGGUCCCCAAGCUGCCACACUCGUUUACGGGCACUGGGGAUCUAAUGACCGCGCUCAUUCUGGCCUGCGCAAACGAAAAUCCGGAUGACCUGGCAAGAGCAACUGAGCUAGCGGUUGCGAGUCUCCAGGCUGUCAUUCAAAGGACCAUCGCAGACUACGCUCUAGCUGGCAUUCCUUCUGGAACGAAGCGAGGCCAGCUUGAGUUGCGGCUUAUUCAAAGCAAAGAUGACCUGAUAGCCCCCACAGUGAAACUGCACGCAGAAACCAUCCCCUCCAAGGUGGACAGUUGAAAGACGUGAUUGACGCACCUGUUCAAAGGUACUCCUGGAACGUGCAAAACAAUGGGCCAGAGGGGUUGUCAUGCCCAGUGUGACAUGCAGACACUUCUUGGCAACCACUGCAGGGAACGGCAGCCAUUCACAAUCAGUGGCUUGGCCUGCUACUACUGACAUUUUUGGACAUCCGUUCACAUGCGGCCCAUUCUGGAAUGGAUAUGCACUUAUACAUGCGUGCACCAUCUAAGAUUCAC